AUGCAGUACAUAGAGACUGAUUCUACGUUGUCGCCAGAUGCCAGGGCCAAAUUUGCCAAACUGAGAUCAGAUGUUCUUGUCAAGUUAGAAUUGCUGGAUUCAAAACAUGUCCAACACCUUACUGAACAACUUACUAGGACUCAUAUCUGGCCUUGUACAUACCACAGUCAGUGUCAGGAGCUUAUGCAUGACAAACACUGGUUCCCAAUUGAAAUGGACAUGGUUGGAACAAAACUCUCCAGUCAGAUAAUCGCAGUGACAGCAUACAGAGUGAAGAGGAUGAUGAAGAAUUGCUGGAUACUGAAGGUGCAACAGAAGCAACAGAGGCAGAGCUUGUCCAACCACUGGCAGAAAAUCACCCUUAAUGACAGUAAGCCACAGCAGGAGGCAAAAACAGGAAACUUUGAAGACAUUAACCUCUUGGAGACUUUUAAGAGGGAAAGGGCAGUCAAUUUUUUUUAUAUAAUCUGGAAUGAUGUUUAUGUUCAAAGGAUCACAUAUUAUGGACUGCAAAUAACCUAUUCCAUCCUUUUACACAAAUCAAGUGUAGUGUGGAGAAUCUAG